AUGCCGAAAUAUUACAGAUUUAGAGCAACGCCGCCGGAUCGUAAACCAAAACGGAAAGAAAGGGAAAGAGAAAUUGCUGUAAGAAACGUGGAGCAUGAAAACGACAUCAAUGGACUUGAUUUGACGCUGCUAUGUUCGCCGUCUCCAUCUUGGUACCUCCGAAGAAUUGCUUGGCGUGAAACAGUUCCCGUAGUUGGAUUUCAGCGUCAAUUGAGUCGAGGACUUCAAACCUUGGCGAUAUACAACAAUCGGCCGGUGUUCGUUUUUAUACAAUUCGAUCCCAAAAUAUGA